ACGAACUGCGGUGUCUUCGUUUUGGAUACGCAUUAUUUUAAAUUUAAUUCAAGCUUUGAAACAUGUUUCAAUAUUUGUUUGUUGGUGUUUUUGUGCUGGUUUUACAAAUUAACGGAGGACACGCAAUAAAAUGUUACUCCUGCUCGAGUGAGUUCAACAGGUCCUGCUUAAAGCCGUACCUGAGCAACAUUUCACUGGUGGAAUGUUCUCUGGAAACCAUGGAGGAAACUCAAAGGUUCGCCGCAUCGGUUAGACCGGAGUACAAAAAAGUUUUCGAAGUCGACCUCAACCACAUCACCAGGCAACUGCCUCUAAGUUGUCUUAAGCAAGUGACGAAAGUUGAAAACAAGGAGUACGUCAUCCGAGGUUGCCAGCUCGCCGAACAAAACAACCUAGACAUCUGUCACAAGGUGAAAACGGAAGACAGAGCGACGGUGGCAACGUUGCAUUGCUCGAGAUGCGGCACCGAUGGAUGCAACUCCGCCGGGGAAAUUUUCGACGUCGCGUCGACAUUUUUCGCCGUUCUAUGCGCAUUGACGAACGCCUAUGUACGCGUAGUUUAAAGAAUUUUAUAUUGUUUAGAGAUGCAAAUAAAAGUUUAAAUAAGAGUA